CUUUUUAACUUUAUUUUUAGUUCAUUUUAAUUGGCUCAAGAUCUAACAUUUCAUUUACAUAUAAACCUAAAAGAAAACAAGUUUCAAUCCUCCCACCAAACUUUCUGCUGGUACUUCCUCAUUUAGGUUUUCCCACAAGCUGAUUGAUGAAAAUGUCAAUGAGCAGCUUGUGUGGAAACCUUUGAUAUUCUUUGUUGAAUGUUGGUAUAAUCGAAUUUAUUUCGUAAAGGAAUGAUCAUUCGAUUGAAUCACAACAAUGGAGCUUUUUACUGCAAAUUGUCUGUCCACGGAAAACAAACCUCUUGAGCUUUCAAAACUGGUCAUAGAAGAUAAAAGCUCGGUUAAAAAGAACACUGAAAGCACCGUUACACCUGUAAAUCAUGGUGUAAAGGUGUGGCAAGAGAACAGAGAAAAAUGGGUGGGAGAUCAAUCUCGACAAAGAAAAAAAACUACAAAGGAUCAGAUUAUAAGUUGGUCCACUACAUAUGAAGAUCUUCUCUCAACUCAUGAACCUUUCUCUGAGUCGAUUCCUUUACCCGAGAUGGUGGACUUUCUGGUCGAUAUAUGGUAUGACGAAGGCCUUUACGAUUAGAAGAAGAAUCUAACAAUGCCAUCAAAUCGACAAAGAACAAAGAAAAAAGAGAUUCAAUUAAAAUCAUUAGGAGUUACGAAAACAUCUACUCUUAAAACUAUCUUUUGUGACCACUCACAUACUCCAUUUGUAACACUUGUAUGAUUGUUAAAUGAGAACAAAACUGAUUCCAAAUAAGUCUUGUUACAUCAAUGCAAAACAUAACAUCAA